AUGAUGAUGCUAAAGAUAAAGAGUGUGCAAACCAUUGUGGCCGGGUUAACGUUUUUGUUGGCCUUAUUGACCAACCUACUGCUUAAGCUCCAGAGGCAGCACAACCAUAAGGCUCAUCCUUCUCACAAACUCCAGAUGAUGAUGAUCACAUCUGAAUUAGAUUCUUCUUCGCCCGAGGUUGAUGAUGACAGAUACGGCCUGAGCUGGAGGUUGGCCGUCGAGACUAAUAAUAAUGUGCGUCCCUGGAAGACGGUGCCACCUCGUUGCUAUAAACAUGUUCAGAAUUACAUCCUUGGUGGACAAUACGAGCUUGACAUGAACAUCAUAGUAGAUGAAAUUAUUUUUUAUGCAAAAUCUCAGAUUCUUGUUCCUAGUAAUAAAGAUGCUUGGAUAUUGGACGUCGAUGAUACAUGUAUAUCUAAUAUACCUUAUUACAAAGAUAAGCGAUUCGGAUGCGAGCCUUUUGAUUCAACCAUGUUUAAGGCAUGGAUCAACAAGGGAAUGUGUCCAGCAAAUCCUGUGGUAUUAAGAUUGUUUAAAACGUUGAUACAGAAAGGUUUCAAGGUGUUCUUACUAACAGGUAGAUACGAAGGAACCCUGGGUAAAAUCACUAUGGACAACUUACAUAACCAAGGAUUCAUCGGAUACCAACGCCUGAUUUUGAGGAGUGAUGAAUACAAAGGACAGAGUGCAGUAAAAUACAAGUCAUCUAUUAGGAAAGAGAUAGAAAAGGAAGGCUAUAGAAUAUGGGGAAAUGUUGGAGACCAGUGGACUGAUUUACAAGGAGACUCUUUGGGGAUUCGUACUUUCAAACUUCCUAAUCCUAUGUAUUGCAUUUCUUAA